AUGAUUUUUACAAAUACCACUACAUAUAUACGGUAUUGUAUCUCGCAACCAAAAGGGGAGAAAAGCAAACAGCCUUUGUUUGUCGCCAUUUUUUCGUCUUCUUCCGAAUUCUUUUUACUCGGGCUUUCAGAAAUGCCCGAGGUAUAAAUUGGGCUUUAUUUGCGUUCUGUCACAAAUCGCAGUUGCGUUCAAAUCGCAUGCGCAAGUUCUAUGCGCGUGCGUAUCUUAUGCACAUUUUACGCGGUAACUAUACUAACAGCAGUCUCUCUCAACCUCACCGUCAUCUUGGCGAUUUGGAAGACAUCUCAUCUUCAUAAACCUUCGUAUAUUCUGCUAGCCAACGUUGCGUUCGUCGACCUCUUGGUAGGAACAUUAGUACAAACAUCAGUUUUAGGUGUUAAUUUUGCAGCUAUGUACGACUUGGCAGAGUUACACUGUUAUUCGAUGAUCAUUUGCAGAAUGUCUGGUUAUUGGUUGGGAACUGUAUCACUUUUUACUCUUACGGUUAUCAGCAUUGAUCGUUUGUUGGCUGUCAAGCUUAAAAGUCGAUAUAAAAACGCCGUUACUUCCAAACUUAUCUGGAGGACCUUGUUGUCCUGGUGGGUUGGUUCCUUUGCUGUGGUGUUAAUAUUUUUGACAAUAGAUUUGCCGAUGAGCGUCCUUCUUGGUGCUGCAGGCACCUUGAUAGUUUUGAUGCUGGUUACUCUGACCGUCUGCUAUUCCUUGGCCUUUUACCUCUUAAAAAGAUAUCAAAACCUCACGGUGUCGUCUGAAAGACCUAGUGAAAAUGCUUUAUCGAAUUUCAAUGCAUCUAAAUAUCGGCAGUCCUUAAAAACUAUGGUUCUCGCUAUUUGCUUGAUUCUUUUUUCAUACCUUCCAUAUAUGUGUUCAGCUAUGGCCAUGGCUUUCAAAAACGUGCAGAAAUUUGAUGAGAGCGAAACAGCAAUAACGAUUUUCAAAUUCCUUAUGAUUGGAGAAAUAUUUAUAACAAAUAACUCGACAAUAAACCCUGUUCUAUUCUUAUGGCGGAUGAAAGAUCUUCGAGAAGCAGCGAAGAGCCAAGCAAGGAAACUUUUCAGAGGAGAAAAUGCUGUGGAAUCCUUUGCCCUGUCUUCCUCUGCCUAA